CUCGUAUUAACCGGACCCAGAAAGACACAAUGGGGUCUGCUAGAGCUCGAAUCAGCAACUCCUUUCGUGACGUCACAAACUCGACGUCAGACAUGCUUGACAUCGUCACCGCGCUCCAAUCACCCUCUCCUCAUUUUUGUAAAGCCUUCGCAACCAUAAUCCCCUCAUAGAACCCAAGAUUCACACCAAGCUCGCAACCGUUGUGACAAGAACCACACCAGCACCACAACCAUGUCUUCGCCAUCCAACAACCCCCAGAACCCCAGCCGCCCUGAGCAGCCCGGUCUCUGGACUGCACACGCCGAGUACAUCAAAGGAGCCGCCGAGAGCGCCGUCGGCGCCAUGACGGGCUCGCAAGCCUGGAGCGCCUCGGGCACGACCGACAAGGCGCACGCGCGCGCCGCGCUGCAGGCCGCCGCCGAGCGCCGCGACCCGGCCAAGAGCGGGUACGGGCGGGCCGAGGAGCUCGCCGGCAAGCUGACGGGCUGCGAGGGCAUGAAGCACGAGGGCGCGGCUAGCAAGGGCGGCAGUGGUGGUGGGCCGAAGCCGAGGAGGGAUUAGGUUGCGUUGGGUGAGUUGCGUGGCUGGGAGGAGGAAAAGGGGGUCGGGUUGUUGUGGCCCCCGAGGGUUGGGUGGCUGCUAGUAUGUAUGUAAAAACAGCUUUGAUGCA